GAAUCAGGCACAAAAAGGAGGUGAACAGUUUUAUUCAUCCCAGGGAGGAGAAUGAUAAAGCAGGCGGUGAUUGGAGUUCUGUGUAGUCUUGCUAUACUCACCUUUGGCAUCCUAAUUGGUCACUAUGGGAUCACCGAGAUCAACAGCCCGGCACCGUCCUGGGUGAGUGAUGUGAUGAAGGAUGUGGACGAGAGCCUCAUUGAGAAGUUCCUCUCUGAGGUGGACAACAUCAAGAUUCAAGAGAACCUCAGGGAGUUGACGAAAGUGCCCCAUAUGGCCACUACAGCUGGAGAUGAGCAGACAGUGCAGUUUAUGCUGAAGAGAUGGCAGGACCCUGAAACUGGUCUGGACCAGGCCUGGAGAGAAGAGUAUAUGGUCUACCUGUCUUUUCCUGACCCCAAGAACCCUAACAAGGUCACUGUAGUGAGUCCAUCCGAUACUGUCCUGCACACUGCCAGAGAAAAAGAAAAACCUUAUACUGCAGACCAAGAAGAUCCUGCAGUGGUUCAACCAUAUGCUGCAUACUCCCCUGCUGGGCACCCAAAGGGGAAACUGGUAUACGCCAACCAGGGGAAACCAAGUGACUACCAGCACCUGAACCAGACAGUGGACCUCAGAGGAACCAUCGCAAUCACUAGAUAUGGUGGAGCUGGAAGAGCUGAUAAAGCCAUCAAUGCAGCCCCCUAUGGUGUCAUUGGUGUGCUUGUCUACACAGACCCUUUGGACAUCAAUGACGGUUUCAUGUCGGACGUCAAUGAGACAUAUCCUCACUCCUGGUACAUGCCGCCUUCCGGUGUAGAGAGAGGUUCCUUUAAGAAUCUCUACGGAGACCCACUCACACCCUACCUGGCUGCCAAAGAGGAAACCUACAGAAUUCCAGUCAAGAACAUUACAGGGAUCCCUCCCAUUCCAAUUCAACCAAUCGGAUUUGAGGAUGCCUACAUAUUAAUAUGUGAACUGGGUGGGAUGAAAGCUCCAGCUGAAUGGCAGGGAGCAUUCAACUGCACCUACAACUUUGGUGGUCCAGGGUUUAAAAAUACAUCAGCCUUCAAAAACAGUGAUGUGAAACUUGACAUCUACAACUAUGAAGAGGUGAAGAACUCCUCCAAUGUGAUGGGAGUUAUCAGGGGGAGUGUCGAGCCAGACAGGUAUGUGAUCUAUGGGAACCACAGGGACAGUUGGGUUCAUGGUGCCAUUGACCCAAGCAGCGGGACGUCAGUCAUGUUGGAAAUGACAAGGGUGCUGGGCCAGAUGGUCAAGCAGGGAAAAUGGAGGCCACGGAGAUCUAUUAUCUUUGGAAGCUGGGGAGCAGAGGAGUUCGGCCUUAUUGGGUCUGCUGAAUACACAGAGCAAUACUUCACCAAGUUAAGUGAACGCACUGUUGCUUACAUCAAUGUGGAUAUAGCUGUUUUUGCCAACACCACUCUCAGGGCUUCAGGGAUGCCAUCAGUACAGAACGUCGUCUUCACAGCUGCUAAACAGGUCAAGGCACCUGGACUGGACUCAACGUCUGUGUAUGACAACUGGAUCCAAUACACUAACAGAACUAGUCCAGCCUAUGGACUCAUCCCCAGAAUGGGGUACCUAUCAGGAGCAGGGAGCGAUUAUGCUGCUUUUGUCCAUUACCUGGGAAUCACAUCCAUGGACUUUUCAUAUACAUAUGACCGGACUAAAACAAAUGCUCGGAUUUACCCUGCAUACCAUACGGCAUACGACACCUUUGACUACGCCUCAAAGUUCAUUGAUCCUGGGUUCUUCAGUCACCAGGCCAUUGCCAGGACAGCAGGAAACGUCCUGAUACGAUUGGCUGACAGCCUGGUAUUGCCAUUAAACUGCAGUGACUAUGCUGAGAUUCUGGAGAGCUACUUCGUCAUGGCCGUGAUCCUAUAUGAAGAUCAACUAAAAGCUAAGAACAUCUCCAUGGAACCACUAAAACAUGCCGUGGCCAGCUUUCGCAGUGCAGCUACUCAUUUGGAUCAAGUCAUUCGAAGUUCAGACCUGAGAAAUGAAACGCCACUGAAGGUCCGAAGGAUAAACGACCAGCUCAUGCUGCUGGACCGAGCUUUCUUGAACCCUCUGGCCUUUCCAGAUAAAUAUGCAUACAGGCAUGUUAUCUGGGCCUCAAGCAAUGCCAGUGAGCCAACCUUCCCGGGUCUGGCUGAUGCUUACGCCAACGCUGAGUCAUCAGGACAGUCCAGUGACUGGGACAAAGUGCAUUACCAUCUGUCAGUCUUGAGCCAGGCCAUCGGGGGCGCCGCCGAUACACUGGUUGAUGUCAUAUAGACAAAGAGGAGGAGGAAGGAGGAAGUAGGAAAGGAGAGAUGGACUGCAAUAAAUUAGGGAUUUUACAAAAAAGAGACAGGGCAGAGAGAGGGAAGCUAACAGAAGCAUUGAUUUCCUGUAUGUUGAUAUUAGGUGAUGGGAUUUGGUAAUCAAUGAACAAAGCUCAUCAACAAACAGCAUGAAUCUUUGUGAUGUGUUCUGUCUUUGUAACAGGAUUGAAAAUAUUUAAAUAUAAAUAAUCUUUUUAUUAAAGCAUUUAUG